UUUCCUUGUUUCCCGACGCGAUGGUCGUGUGCGCGACGUAAUCGUACAUUCCGUGCGACACCCCGCGGCCGUCCAGACGCCGAUGCCGCGGCUGAUCGCGUCCGAAUGCGGUGCUAUUUACAAGACGCCAGCACGUGUGCUCGCGCUGACGCUCUCUCACAACAGUUUCUCGGAUUGCCGGUUAACCUUGAUGGUCGUUUCGUGCGAUAACCGGUAAGGUUGAUGUUCUCGAGCAGUCGUCGCACGUCUCGCGGUAUGUCUCGGAGAGAUCGGGGCGUCUUGUUUUGACUUUGUUGGAUGCUAACCUAAAUCUCACAUCUCGACGAUCCAUCUUUUAGCUAUCUGUUCGAAUUCGACCGAGUCUGAAAUUGUAUAUGAAGUCGGUUCUCGAUUCUACUGAUUGAUUCACGGCGUCGAAUCGAUCGAUUAAUGUCGAUUGGACUGAUCGACUAGCGUGAUUUUAUACUCGCGAAUCCGGAAGAAAGAUUAACGACGUCGAGAAAUGAGCAGCGUUCGCGUUGAAUGUAUCUGGUAGUGUCGUGAGAGGGACAAUACAGCAUGUGCUUUACGAGAAAACGAGAAUGUUUUCCCGAAAAUGGUCAUUGCUAUCGUUAGGCACGCCAUAGUCGUUAGGCGGGUCUUUAUAUCGUUUUAUCGAAGGUGACGUGUUUUCGGCGCGCAAUUCUGACAAGUGCGCGCGCAGUGACGUGGAUUGGUCAGUAGUUAAACCGAUGGUCGCCGAUGUGCAAAAAUGCAAACGGUCAAAGUGGAGCAAGCUGUUCGAUCACCGCAAACACUUGUGACAACAUCUCGCGUAUAAACACUACUUGUAUUCGAAUUCGGUCAGUGUCGUUCGAUUCACACGUUAACAUCGCGCGAACCGUAGUUGAAUGAACAUUGCCGCGAAAUGACGAGUUGCAUUUUCAUCUAACCCUUUCGUGCCAGAGAAGCCGCUUUUACCGUGAUAUUUAUUGUCGCCGCAGCGUAUCGCAACGAAAUGAGGUGGGAGUGAUCGCAGGAAACAGGGAAGAGGAAUGAGCUGCGGAUGCUGCAUACCACCAAGGUGCAUCUAGAGUGAAGCAGCAGAGAGAACUCGCGGCCACGACAACUGGAGCGGAACGACAAGCACAUCGGUAUCGGUGCUGACGGUCGCGUCGUCAUAAUGCUGACAGCUGCCGACGUUUAAACAAUACGACAAACCGACCACCCGAAAUGGACGUAAUCGCGUACAACCACCACGAGAUCUGCAGUGUCGCGAGCAGCAUCGAUGACGGCGACAACGAGAAUCAGUACGAUGAUCAGUACGAAGAUUUAUUGUCGAUUGACGAUCUUGACGGCGGCAACGGCGGCGGCGGUGACAAGCGGAGCAAGCUACCGUUGCGGAAGAGCCUGUUCGACAACGUGCCGCCCUACAUUGCCUUCCAAUCGUACGACUGCAAGGGUCCGGUUCUACCUUGCGCAAUAACGAGACACUUGAAGUGGCACCUCAGCAGAAUUACACCGACAUUGGUGCGUCGGACCCUAGUGAAUUCGGGCUAUCGCCUCAUGAAAAAGUGUAAAAACUGGUGCGGCACCUGGGGCAAGCACAUGAAGUCGGCCUGCUACAAGGGACUGAAGGACUCCCAGAAAGUCAAUCAUUUCCCCGGGACGUUCCAGAUCGGCCGGAAAGACCGACUGUGGCGCAACCUCAGCCGGAUGAUGCUAAAGCACAGCAAACGGGAGUUCGGCUUCGUGCCGCGCACGUAUGUGCUACCUCAAGAUCUACGCUCCUUCCGUCAGGUGUGGGAGAAGACAGGCGGCAAGGAGAAGUGGAUCGUCAAGCCGCCGGCGUCCGCACGCGGCACUGGAAUCCGCGUGGUGCAUCGCUGGUCCCAGAUACCAAAGAAACGCCCCGUCGUCGUCCAGCAGUAUCUGUCGAGGCCGAUGCUGAUACGCGGCGCCAAAUUCGAUCUGCGCCUCUACGUGCUCGUCACCAGCUUCAAUCCCCUUAGGAUCUACAUGUAUCCGGACGGCCUGGCGCGCUUCGCCUCCGUCAAGUACAACGAGGACAUCAACUACCUUAGCGACCGUUUCAUGCAUCUCACCAACUACAGCAUCAAUAAGAGUAGCGCGACGUACACCAGCAACAACUGCGCGGACUCCUGCACGGGCCACAAGUGGACCCUGAGGACCUUGUGGUCCUACCUCGAGCAGGAGCACGUGAACAUCGCCAAACUGUGGGCGUCGAUCAAUGACAUGGUUGUGAAAACGAUGAUAGCCGGCGAGUCUUCCAUCAACAGUCUAACGAGGGCCAACGUCACCUCGAGGUACUGUUGCUAUGAACUUUUCGGAGUCGAUAUUCUCCUCGACGAGAACCUGAAGCCGUGGUUACUCGAGGUGAAUAUAUCGCCCUCUCUACAGUCUUCCUCACCGCUCGACGUCGCCGUCAAGGGGCCCCUCAUUAGGAACGUCUUCAAUAUAGCUGGAUAUCAGCUGCCCGCGUGCAUACCGAUCGAAGAGAUGGAGAAACUGGCCGAAAGGUAUCAGCUGGACCCGACGUCGGUUAGCCAAGACUACAGGCUACAUCGGACCGCUCUUAGCUACCAAGAGCGGCACAAGCAGUCCAUGUACGCGAACCUGAGGAAUCGAGAGGACUACCUCCACGACAUAAUCGACGAUCUCACGCCCGACGAUGUCAGGCACUUAAUUACUUACGAGGAUGAGCUGACGCAGCUGGACAGGUUCGAGAAGAUUUUCCCUACCACCGACACCCACCGGUACUCGCAGUACUUCGACGUUCCGAGGUACUACAACAUGCUGUUAGACGCGUGGGAGGCCAAGUACGGCGACGGCAAUCGGGAGGAAGGGAUCUCCCGAUUGCAGAAACUGUGCAAGACCAAGUACCACUUGGAGCAACAAGUGGUUUUUUAGAUAGUCAUUCGUGUUCCACAGGACCUUCCAGUCCGGAAAGAUCUCGCGCGUCCGCCUUUGAUAAUAAACAACUCCCGUGGAUACUCGAUGGUAUCGACAUCAAAGAGACGCGCAGCCGCGAUAUUGUGUGUGGAAACAUUUUAUUUUAUUAUACACUGCGCCCGCGCCUGCACGUGUAUGUACAUGCAUGCGUGCGUGCAUUCUGAUGUAUACGGGUAUUAUACGUACCAUUUCGUCCGCCUCGACUCGUUUCGGGGCAAAAGUUCAUUAUGUGCCUUUUUCUCACGGUUGUGCGAACUCAAUUUAUUAUAGAAAAUUUUCUCUUUAAUAAAACAUUUUUGGUAA